AUGCCAUCAUUACAGUCGGCGUCUGCACCGCCUGCUCCAGGUUCAGCUGUCUACGACUCGGAACUGACGGACAUUGCAAAUUAUGUGCAUAAUUAUAAGAUUGAUUCCGAUCUUGCUUAUGAUACCGCACGUUUCGUGUUCCUAGAUACCCUAGGCUGCGGCUUAGCAGCGCUCAACUUCCCACAAUGCACAAAGCUACUUGGUCCCAUUGUUGAGGGCACGACCGUUCCCAAUGGCACCCGGGUGCCUGGCACACCAUAUCAGCUCGACCCUGUUCGCGGAGCUUUCAAUAUCGGCGCAAUGAUUCGGUGGCUCGACUACAACGACUGCUGGCUCGCCGCGGAAUGGGGUCAUCCUUCGGAUAACCUUGGCGGAAUUCUUGCGGUAGCUGAUUGGAUCUCACGCACAAACCGCGCCGGGAAGAAGCUUGCCAAUGGCAAAGUUCUCAAGGUCAAGGACGUCUUGGAGGGCAUGAUCAAGGCACACGAGAUUCAAGGAUGCCUGGCUUUGGAAAACUCGUUUAAUAAAGUUGGCCUUGACCAUGUAGUCUUGGUCAAGGUUGCCACUGCUGCUGUCGUGUCCAAGAUGCUGGGUCUCUCAGAGCAACAGACUGCGGAUGUGGUCUCUCAGGCCUGGUGCGAUGGUCAGAGCAUGCGCACCUACCGACACUCUCCGAAUACAAUGUCGCGAAAGUCGUGGGCUGCAGGCGAUGCAUGCGAGCGCGCUGUCAAUUUGGCUCUCAAAGUCAUGGCUGGCGAAGGCGGCAUGCCGAGCGUCCUGUCCGCGCCAGUCUGGGGCUUCUACGACGUCAAUUUUAAUGGCCAAAAGUUUAGAUUUCAGAGACCCUAUGGCAGCUAUGUCAUGGAAAAUGUAUUGUUCAAAGUGUCGUAUCCGGCCGAAUUCCAUUCCCAAACUGCCAUUGAAGCAGCAAAGAUUAUAUACGAUAAACUACAAAAGAUGGGCAAGUCGGCCCAAGACAUCAAGAGUGUCACUAUCCGUACGCAUGAGGCAUGUGUGCGUAUCAUUGACAAGCAAUUGAAGCCGCUGGACAAUUUCGCCGACCGUGACCACUGUAUUCAGUAUAUGGUUGCGACUAUGCUUGUGUUCAACCGUCUUGAAGCAACGGACUACACUGACGGCAGCGAGGCUGCUACAUCGCCCCUUCUUGAGGAUCUUCGCAAGCGUAUCCAGUGUGUUGAGGAUCCGCAGUUCACCCAAGACUACCACGACCCCAACCUUCGAACGAUUGCCAACGCUCUCACCGUGACAUUAAAUGACGGACAAACACUGGAUGAAGUAUCAGUAGAAGCGCCUCUUGGACACAAGCUCCGUAGAGUGGAGGCGAAGCCGGAGAUUUUGGCCAAGUACAAGCGGCACCUGGAGCCACAUUAUUCGCCAGAGAGGGUAAGGGAGCUGAUUGAUUUGGGCAAUGAUGCAAAGAGACUCGAAGAGAUGGAUGUAGACCAAUAUGUAGAUCUCUACGUGAAGAAUUAG